CAACUAACAAACUCAAUGUCUGGGCGCUCUUGUCGAGUAUCUCAUACUAUGUCAUGUUAUUUGUAGAUGAUUGAGUGGAACCAGUUGGAUGAUUGUAUGGACUGUAGGCUACAAUGCUGUUUUCUCAAAGAAAAAAACUGAAGGUGACGCUACUGUAUCUCUUCGUACUCUGCUCAGCCCAGCAUUCAGCCCAACCUGAGACUCGGCAGGUGAAAGGCAUCGUGGGAAAGUCUCUCUCUUUUCCAGAAAAGGUGUUGAAGUCUGGCACUUUACGUUAUGGAGACCUUGGCAAUAUUGCAUACGUGUACCCUGGUAAACAAAGUAAUACCAACCUUGAGAAGAGAUUUGAAAACCGCCUUCACUGGAACAAUGUUACUGGAUUCUUCAAUUUGACAGACCUACAAAUAGACGAUUCUGGGGUUUAUACUGUGGAGAAUGCAGAUGAAGAGAAGAAGACACAUAUAUUUCAGCUGACUGUGUACUUUCUGUCCAAACCUCAAGUGACAGUCCAUGACAGCAGCUCCUGUAGUGUGGUGUGUUCUGUGGAGAACGGGAGAGAUGUGACCUUGUCCUGGUACCGAGGAGAGGAGAAACUCAACCAGACGAGCAGCCCUGACCUCAACAUCACCCUCUCUCUACCUCUCAAGGUGGAUGUACAGAACAGAGACUCUUACAGAUGUGAGGCUGCCAACCCAGUCAGCAAGGAGAUUGCUGUUGUUCCAAAUCCCUGUAUAGAGAGUGAUCCCUCCAAGGUGGCAGAUGGUGAUGAGAGGACUCGAGGUUCUCUUAUUAUUGCUGUAAUCUGCAUUUUGGUUGCUUCAGGACUUGUUGGACUUGCAAUAUAUCUUAAGAGGAGGAGAAACGGACACUCACAUACAGAUUCACCUGAAAGAGAGCAAGAUGUCAUUCAGUAUGCAGAGAUAACUCACAUUAAAACAACAAAAAAACAGGAGGAGCGAAGAGGUAUACCAGAGCUGGAUGUCCUUAGAGACAACACAAACCUGACAUUAGUUUAUGAUACACUCCAGUUACAUCGCAUGGCUGCCAGAGAGGAUGUUGACACAGCAUGAAGGAGAGAGAGAACAGCAAGUUACUGAGAGGGUGACAUGAUAAUUCACAUCCAAGAGAAGGCGUUACAUCCUAUAGUGAAAGUGGAGACAAAAUUAUAGUAAAUAUUCAUCUCGAAAAGUUCCCAUUCAACCAUUGUGCUGUUGUUAUCAUUUCAGACUUCCUUUGUUGGUCGUUAUCACAGACUGUUGUUGAAUUGGGGCCUCAAUGAGAUUCACUGAUACAGACAAAUUCAAUAACUAUGCCUAGGGUUAUUAGUAGGAUGAUCCCUCUUUUCAAGUGCCCAUUGUCCCAAUGUAGAGGUUAAAGCAAAUGGAACCUAUUUUAAUACAAUUCACUAGUGUGUUUGCUAUGUUACUGCUGGGCCAAAGCUUCUUUUCAGUUCUGUCUGUUCUGUUUGCAUGUAGGUGCCUCCCCUGUAUCUUUUUAUAGCUGGUCAUUGUUUAGUUUGUUUAGUGCCAGUGGAUAGCAGCUGUGUACAUAAAAAAGCAGAUGUUUGGUGAGAUAAAUCCACCUACACCUUAGAAGCGAUGGCUAUUAGGUUACGUUGGAAACAAAGUCCACAUGGACAUUUUUCCUUUCACCAUGUAGAGGGAUAGAUCUUUUUGCCUUUUGACUCAGAAAAUUAUCUUUGGUGACAUUUUACUCAUAUUGCUUUUCGCAAAAUGCAGACAUGAUUAGAUGAAGUUCAAAUCAAAUCUUAUUUUAUUUGUUACAUGCGCCGAAUACAAAAGUGAAAUGCUUAUUUACAAGCCCUAACCAACAAUGCAGUUAAGAAAAAAAUUAUAACAACAAAAAAAUACAUAAGAAAAAAUAUGAAUAAGAAGUAACAAAUAAUUAAAGAGCAGCAGUAAAAUAACAUUAGCGAGGCUAUAUACAGGGGGCACCGGUACAGAGUCAAUGUUGGUCUAGGUAAUUGAGGUUUUAGGUACAUGUAGGUAGAGUUAUUAAAGUGACAAUACAUAGAUAAUAACAGAGUAGCAGCAGUGUAAAAGUGGGCAGGGGGGGCAAUGCAAAUAGUCUGUGUAGCCAUUUGAUUAGAUGUUCAGGAGUCUUAUGGCUUGGGUGUAGAAGCUGUUUAGAAGCCUCUUGGACCUAGACCUGGUGCUUCGGUACCGCUUACCAUGUGGUAGCAGAGAUAACAGUCUAUGACUAGGGUGGCGGGAGUCUUGGACCAUCUUUAGGGCCUUCCUCUGACAGCGCCUGGUAUAGAGGUCCUGGAUGGCAGGAAGCUUGGCCCCAGUGAUGUACAGAGCCGUUCGCACUACCCUCUGUUGUGCCUUGUUGUCGGAGGCUGAGCAGUUGGCCAUACCAGACAGGAUGCUCUUGAUGGUGCAGCUGUUGAACCUUUUGAGGAUCUGAGGACCCAUGCCAAAUCUUUUCAGUGUCCUGAGGUAGAAUAGGUUUUGUCGUGACCUCUUCACGACUGUCUUGGUGUCCUUGGACAAUGUCAGUUUGUUGGUGAUGUGGACACCAAGGAACUUGAAGCGCCCAUCCUGCUCCACUACAGCCCCGUCAGUGAGAAUGGGGGCUUGCUCGGUCCUCCUUUACCUGUAGUCCACAAUAAUCUCCUUUGUCUUGAUCAUGUUGAGGGAGAGGUUGUUGUCCUAGCACCACACGGCCAGGUCUCUGACCUCCUCCCUAUAGGCUGUCUCAUCAUUGUCGGUGAUCAGGCCUACCACUGUUGUGUCAUCGGCAAACUUAAUGAUGGUAUUGGAGUCGUCCCUGGCCGGGCAGUCAUGAAUGAACAGGGAGUACUGGAGGGGACUUAGCACUCAGCGUGUCAGAUGUGUUGUUACCUACCCUUACCACCUGGGGGUGGCCCGUCAGGAAGUCCAGGAUCCAGUUGCAGAGGGAGGUGUUUAGUCCCAGGGUCCUUAGCUUAGUGAUGAGCUUUGAGGGCACUAUGGUGUUGAACGCUGAGCUGUAGUCAAUGAAUAGCAUUCUUACAUAAUGUUCCUUUUGUCCAAGUGGGAAAGGGCAGUGUGGAGUGCAAUAGAGAUUGUAUCAUCUGUGGAUCUGUUGGGGCGGUAUGGAAAUUGGAGUCGGUCCAGGGUUUCUGGAAAUAUGGUGUUGAUUUGAGCCAUGACGGGCCUUUCAAAGCACUUCAUGGCUACAGACGUGAGUGCUACGGGUCGGUAGUCAUUUAGGCAGGUUACCUUAGUGUCCUUGGGCACAGGGACUAUGGUGGUCUGCUUAAAACAUGUUGGUACUACAGACACAGACAGGGAGAAGUUGAACAUGUCUGUGUAGACAUUUGCCAGUUGGUCAGCGCAUGCUCAGAGUACUCAUCCUGGUAAUCCAUCUGGCCCUGCUGCCUUGUGAAUGUUGACCUGUUUAAAGGUCUUACUCACAUUGGCUACGGAGAGCGUGGUCACACAGUCGUCCGGAACAGCUGACACUCUCAUUCAUGCUUCAGUGUUACUUGCCUUGAAGCGAGCAUAGGAGUAAUUUAGCUCAUCUGGUAGGCUCUUGUCACUGGGCAGCUCACGGGUGUGCUUCCCUUAGUAGUCUGUAAUAGUUUGCAAGCCCUGCCAUAUCCGACGAGCGUCGGAGUCGGUUUAGUACGAUUCAAUCUUUGUCCUGUAUUGACACUUUGCCUGUUUGAUGGUUUGUCUAAGGGCAUUGCGGGAUUUCUUAUAAGAUAUUCUACUUCAGGUGAGCAAAACUUUGAAUCUUCCUUAGAUUUUGUGCACCAGCUGCUGUUUACAAAUAUACAUAGAUCGCCAGCCCUUGUCUUACCAGAGGCCUGUUCUACCCUGCCGAAAAAGCUUAAAACCCGCCAUUUGUAUGUUAUUCAUGUCGUCAUUCAACCACGACUCGGUGAAACAUAAGAUAUUAGUUUUUAAUGUCCCGUUGGUAGGAUAUACAUGAUCGUAGUUCGUCUAUUUUAUUAUCGAUUGAUUGUACGUUGGCUAAAAGGACCGUUUUGUAAAGGUAGAUUACCCUCUCGACGACAUAUCCUAACAAGGCACCCAUAUCUUCGUCCACGAUACCUCCAUCUCUUUCUCCUGCGAAUGACUUGGAUAGGUGCCCUGUCGAGCGUCUGAUGUAAAUCCCCCCAGUCCGACUCGUUGAAGAAAAAGUAUUCCUCCAGUAUGGGGUGAGUAAUCGUUGUCCUGAUAUCUAGAAGCUCUUUUCGGUCAUAAGACGGUGGAGGAAAAAUAAGUACAAAAUAACUUACAAAUAACACAAAAUAACAUAAAAUAGCACAAUUGGUAACUGGAUCAGAAAACGGAAGCAAUCUCCUUCGGAGCCAUUCUUCAGUAAGGUAUACAAUCUGGGAUAUUUCCUAAUAUUAAGUGGUCGUUAUUCACCCAUUCAUGCUUAAAAAAUACACUUACCUUAUCACAUCCCAAAAUAUUAUUUAAGUUUACUCCAUUGUUUAUAUUUUUGUUGUCAUUUUUACUUUUGUAAAUUUAGAAUGUACUGCUACAACAUACCUCUGAAAACUGUCAGUCGUUGCAGCCAUAGCUGCAUUCAAUAGUUUAAGAUUGGCAACAUUUCUCCAGAGACAUUUCUCCAGAAACACACAACCUCCAGAUUCUGGUUUUAAUGUUUGAUCUAGAUAGUUUGUGUGUAUGUAUUAAUAUGUAAGCUACAUGUGCCUUUUUUGAUAUACAUUGAUGUAGUUCAGCUUGAGAUAUUGUCUAUUAAUGUUUUUUUUUAAGUGAUAAUCCCCGAAAAGCCGGUGUUUAGAGGAUAUAUUUGCACGGGUGUUAGGCUUGAGGGCAUUAUUACUUUUUUACAACGGGUUACCAACAUAUUCAAAUAUUGAUUGACAUAUUUUCAUAUGUUAUUUUGAUGAAUUUAUUCAUACUAUUUCAUCCUUCCACAAGGUAUAGUCCCGAAACAAAUUUAGGGUUGCUGGUCGUUCAUUCUAUUGGUUCAGUUGCCACAGAUGCGACCCAGUUGUUCAGUCUUUUCAUUCUGUAUCUAUUGACACGAUCCAGUCGUUCGUUCUUAAUGUUCCAUUGCCAUACUGGCUGGCAACGUUCUUUUCCCUUGCUUGCUAGCUAGCCAACUACGGCUAACUUACAGUGACGUGAAACAGUGCAGACAGAAUAACAACAGUAGCUGCAUUUGUUUAAGCUGUUUUCUAGUGACAUUUAUUUUUCAGUAUUGUCUGUUCUGUAGAUACUUUUUGUAGUAGAAAUCAAAUGUAGAACUUCCCUGCAUGGGCUGAUGAGACAGUGGAUUGCGCAGUCAGAUGGAACAGAGUAAAUAGACAUUUUAACAUCAUAGAUUUAGCUGGAGGGAACCUGUGGAAUAGACACCGUCUGGAAUGUUAAUUUAACCAAUCAGCAUUCAGGAUUAUAUCCACCCGUUGUAUAAUAUGUUAUGUUUUGUGUUGACCCGAGGAAGAGUAGCUGCUGCUUUUGCAACAGCUAAUGGGGAUCCUAAUAAAAUACCAAAUACCAAAUGUAGCCUACUUCUAGGGUCAAAUUUGGAGGGACAACUGUAAUUGUUGGGUGGUUUUCAACUGUGUUUCUUGAUUUAGUGAGUUUAAGUGUAUUUGAGACCUUCUGACCUGUUACCUUUAAUGCCAGGCAGCUGUACAUUUCUAAUAUUAAAAUAAUGAUGACUAAUCCUAUUACAUUUCAAGCAUUGCUUUCAAGGAAACAAUUAGUUUUUCUUCUAAUGUAUUUUACACAUCUAGUGGUUGAAUGUUUUUAUAUUUCAGUAUACUGUACUGUACAUACACACUAUUUUGUACUCUGAGCCUGUGUACUGUAUAUUGUAAGUGUAACUUAAAUCAUGUGUCAGCAAAUUGUUGUUAAUUUAAGGAUCCUCCCCUUUUUUUAAAUUUUCGCCUAGUGACAAACUCAAGUCUAACUGCCUAUAGUUUAGGACCUGAAGCAAGGAUAUGCAUAUUCUUGAUAGGAUUUGAAAGGAAACACUUUGAAGUUUGUGGAAAUGUGAAAUGGAUGUAGGAGAAUUUAACACAUUAGAUCUGGUGAAAGAUAAUACAAAAAAAAAACAUGUGUUUUGUAUUUUUUUGUACCAUCAUCAUUGAAAUGCAAGAGAAAGGCCAUAAUGUAUUAUUCCAGCCCAGGCGCAAUUUAGAUUUUGGCCACUACAUGGCAGCAGUGUAUGUGCAAAGUUUUAGACUGAUCCAAUGGACCAUUGUAUUUCUGUUCAAAACGUUGUA